CGCCCUGAGCGAGGCAGAGAUGUCGCGCGUGGACUGUUGGCCUGAGAGACUGGGGGGUCAUGACCUCCCCACGAUGUACUCAUGCCGCGCGCGGAACUGUGUGUGGGAUGAGCACGUCAGUCACCCGGAUGUGCCUGUCUGUUACUUCCCUCACAACAAUACUGGGUACACAAUGUCCAGCCUUGACCCCGACGGCCCUAAUGCCUACAAAGCUGUCCUGAGAAGAAAGGGCAAAGGUCCCUUUGGCAAAGACUUCCCACUGGCGGAGUUUCGGGUGGAGGAGUAUGGCGAGAACGUCUUGAGGGUGAUGAUAGACACCGUGUCCCACAACAGAUU